AAGAACAAACGUGAUUUCUAGAAACGCAUAAAUAUUUGUUUAAGUGAAAAUUAGUUAUAGCAGUACAAAAAAUUAAGUACAAUGCGCAAAAAUAGUAAAAAUUGGGUUGAGAAAGUCGCAGUAUUUGAAAUAAUUUAAAAUAUAAAAAGUUGGUUGUAAUAAAUAGCCUGGUCUAAGGUUAAAGAAAUAAGUUAAAGAAGGUGUGUUGAGUUUUUCGGAAAAAUCAAUAAUCGCUUUUAAUCAAUAUUUAACAGCUGAAAAGGCGUAUAGGUGUUUUGAAAAAAAUAAAUAAAAGCUAAUCGUCCAAAAUUCAAACACUUUUUUUUAUUUCGUGCAAAUUCAAAUGAUAAAAAUAUAUCUCCUCCAAUAGUAGAAAUAUUCUUCAUAAAGCAUAGGUGAAAAUCUGUAUCUCGUAUAUGCAUUCAAAUGUGUGAUUUUGUUGCUGCGGUGCUGUGGGGUGGUGAGGUCAGCGGUGCAUAAUCUUCCCUGCUCGCAGCUAGUCUCCCAGAUUCCAAUACACACAAUACUUAGCCAAGACAAAGGCAACAGAAAAGCAAAAGGCGGCGACAAAGACGAAAAAGGAAUAAAUGUGAAGAGCGAAAUUGCCCGAAAUCAAUUCUCGAAACCAUCUCAACGACUAUAAUCUUGUGCCUGCAUAUGUACGCGUAUCUAAUUGGUGGCAUGCAGCAUCGGGUCGUUGAAGAUUGGCAGCAAACAUAAAAGUCUCAUUAUUGUCUGGAAGAGUGUAAAGCGCCAAUAAAUAACUGAAGUUACCGCAGUGAAUUCGAAUGAAGUGGAAAUUGAUUUAGUCAACGAAAUUUCGUGGGAGUUGUCACAUAAAAUAAAAAAAAAACAGAAUUAUAAAUAACAGCAUGGCAACAUCAACAUCGGCGGCAUCGACAUCAGUGUCGGCGUCGGGAUCGGCAUCGGCAUCCUCAUCAACGCCAUCAACUUCCGGGAAUAUGGGUAUUGCAUCCCCAUCCACUUCGGUUAUUUGUGAAGAAAUUUUUGAUGAGACCGAACCAUCUCCUGAAGAAAUCCAUGAUUAUGCUUUAAUGGUUGGCAUUGAUCCAGUUAAAGAGCCUCAUUUGCUUUAUUUGGCGAAAGAGGGAUUAAUGCAAGCGCUGCCAACAGAUUGGAAAAUAUGCUAUUCCGAGGAGAAAUGUGGUCACUAUUAUUACAAUACCAAAACGAAACAGUCACAAUGGGACCAUCCGCUUGACGCGGUCUAUCGUGAAUUAGUUGAACAGGCGCGUCAAAAGCAUGCAACAAUAGUAGCCACACCUGUCAUAGAUAACUCCGACGAUGCGUCGCAACUGGACUCUGGUAUACGUAGCUUACAAGGCAAUGAUGAAUGCGACAACACCAACAACACAAAUGAAAUGUCUUCACCUGUGAGCAACGUAAAUGCAAACUGUACUGCAAGACCGGCCGCUGUUGGCCCGUUUGGUGGUAAUGGUGCCGCUACUCCCAGCAUUGUUGGUAUAGGACUGUCGAGUAAUUCAGGUUCGGUGUCUAAUAGCACAAGUACCAGCGGAUUUAGUGGGGGUGUGAGUCGAUUUCUGGAAUCGAGAAGCAAAAAUUUUGGACUGACUUUUCAGCCAGUAAAAGGUUCACGUUUUGAGGUAUCUAAAACAAAUCCACAAAUCUCGUUGGCUAUGAAGUUUGGCGGCGAGAGCUUUUCCUCGAAGCUAGCGGCGGCAAACAAAACCGAAACAGCUUUAGGAGCAGCGUCUGGUGGCGUAGAUAAGCGUGCUUUUGUUCUAUCAGGUACUGGUGCCAUGUUCCUAAAGUCACGAAAGCAAAUGGAAGCGGGCUUGAAUCAGGCCACUGCAGCCAUGCUUAUAAACAGCAACUCGAGUAACAACAUCAUUGUUGAAGGUGUGGCCGGUACACCACCGGGUGUGAAGGGCAUAUUGCGUGACUCAAGCUUAACAGAUAUGCGUCGAAGAUUUGAGAAGGAGGAUCCAGAAAAUGGCGGCGCGGAGGAUAAAAAAAGUGUGCGUUUCAAUUUAGAAGAGACUAAAACACGCGGUUCCCCAGAAGAGGAGCCGAGCAGUUCACGAAAGCUUACACAAAGCCCAGAAGCGUCAGUUUACUCAGACGACGACGAAGCGGAAGAAGAUCCUUGGGAUGAAGAUGAUGACGAUGAUGAUGAUGAAGUUGAUGCUUGUGCAGGAUAUGGCGCACUGGGCGGGGAAGGUGGAAUACUUCGUAGUCGCAAUCCAUUCUUGAUGAACGAUGAAAAAAACAUCAAGGACAUACAAGUCAUAUCGGUACCAAAGGCACAAACUAUACAAAUGCUUAAAGCCCAAAGCCUUUCAAUGGAUCUACCAGAAUGCGAUCGUACAAAACUAUCGGAGUUGGUGCGUCCACAAAGCACUGAAUCUGGUAGUCUGCCACAGCCGGCAUCUGUAGUGAGCUACCUGGAAAAACUAAAGGAUAAUUCUACAACUAUUAAGCCCUUGUACGAAGAUACAGAUUCCGAGUCGAAGGGCAGUUCAGUGAGGAGCUUUAUAAUAAAUAAAUCCGAACAAGAUUCGGUGAAUUCGAUAGUACCGGCGAGCAAUCCAUUUGAGGCGGAAGAGAGUGCACCAAAGACUAGUAGAGAAAGCGAACACGUUGAGGUUAAAACUAUGCCAGAAAAGACAGCUUUGCGUACGUUUAAAGUGGCUUCGAAGCUUGUUGGAUUCCUGAAAAAAGAUACUAAUAAGACUGAAGGGGAAAACGACAAGGAAAACGAAAUUUUGAGACAAAUGGCGGAGAGGGAAACAGAGGUAUUGCUAAAGGAGGAACGUGAGCUUUUGGAAGAGCAACUUCAGAGUCAAAUAGAUGCAAUCAAGGCUGAUCACGAACAAAAACUGAAGAGCAUUCGUCAAGAGUAUGAUUCGCGAUUGGCAGCACAUCGCCAAGAAUCGGAGCACACAUUUCAGACGAGAUUGAGUGAAUAUCGCGUGCAUUUGGAGGAAGAGUUGAAUAUGAAACGGAAAGCUGUGGUUGACGAGCACAAAGCUCAUAUGGCUACGUUACAAAAGAAUCACACCGAAAUAUUGCAAGACCUAGAACGAGACCUGAAAAGUGAAGAAGAAAUAAUUAAAAAGGAGCAUGUACGUAAACAAUCGGAAAUGCGUGAUAAACUAGCACAUGAACUAGAACUGGAACGGCAGCGCAUGCGUGAAACAGGCGAAGAUAGACUGUACGAGAAGAUGCGUUGUGAGAAGCGUUUACUGGAAGAUAAGUACCGCUGUUUGAAGGAGAAGUAUGUCCGCUUAAAAACGGAUGUCAAGUUAUCGUUAGAGCGACGAAAUCGGCGCCGUGAGGCACAGGCACUGCAUCAACAAAGCCUACACACGAACACCACUACAACGGGCUCGGAGACUGAGAGAUCCAUAUCGAACAAACCGUCGAUUGGAAACAGCGAGAAUCGUUCGCUUUCACUGUCGACCUCUUGUCAGGAGCCAGGUGGUGCUAGUGUUGGCACAGUUCCCCACUUACUGCUAGCUGGUAAGGGCGCGAAGCCGCCGGUGCCACCGAAAACACAUCUCACGCCUGUGUCAAACAGCAAGGAGCAUGGUCAGGCCGCACGGGAACGCUCAAAUGAGCGCACUCAAAUGACGGGUAUCCGCAAGCCAGGUAUCGCAUCGAAGUAUAUUAAACACUUGCAGGUGCAAGACGACACGACCACCUCGAUCAGUCAGUCAGACACAACUAUAUCCAAUAACUAUUGCAAGGGACGCUACCUUCCCGCGCCAGUUUUAAGCGACAAUGGCAACUCUGACUCAGAGGCUGCCUUCCAGUGUAAUCAAGAGAACAACAACAAUGCGCGUGGUAAUGGACAACGUAAGAAGGUAUUCUCUCGCAUGAAGUCCGCAUCCACGUCACGCCUCAACUCAGACAAUUACAAGAACGAUCGACCAUGCACGCCUGUAGAGAAUUUGCGGCACCAGCUACAGAAACUGGAAGAUUUGGAAGAUCAGUUCCCUGAAAACACACUCGACACCACAUACCAUUUGCGUUAUCCAUUUUCAGAUAUAUCAAACGAUCGCGCUGGUGCAGGAAACAGUUCGGAGCUUGAGUUCUUUAAACAUCGCAUUCACUUGGAGCGUGAUAGUGUGCGACGUGCCAAAGAAUCUUUACGCACACAACGCACUAAUUUCCGCGCACGCCAACGUGAGAUCAAACAGCGUCACAAGGCCUCUACCACGCGUCAUUCACUGGAUCAGCUCAUACAAGAGGAGAAGGAAUUGACUGAAAUGGAAGUCAACUUGCACCGCACACGCGCCUUAUUGGGCGAGAAAGUUAUACGCUUGCGGCACUUGGAACAGAGUCUUUUGCGGAUUUACGAGAAGGAAAAACCAACUAUGGAUUUACUCGGCAUGGAGCAGAAAGACGAUGCGACGCUGAGUGAUCUCUCAUCGCAUUCAAGCUCAGGCUUUAGCAGUACUGAUUUCGCUAGUGGCGGGGACACGACUAAUUUACACAAGCGCAAGGAGACCUACCAUCAGGAAUCAACUGAAUGCAUACAAAAUCUUGAAAUUCUCAAUGCAGAGAUACGGGAAAUUCUUGACAUACUAGGAAAAAGUCAGCAACACGGAGGCAUUCCCAUGAUAUCACCCUCUGAACUAAAUUGGUCACACAUGCUUUCGGCUGGCGUAAGCACACCUACAACUCCGCAUGCUAACACGCCAAGCGCUACACUAAUGCAUGUGCCUCAAUCCAUACCAACAUUGGCCGACCGCUUGGAAACGUAUCGCCAGCUGGCCACCGGACGCAUGCAGAAUUCCAUGGGCGGUGCUAUACUCGCUGCAAACACCAUUGUAUCGCAGAGUCCACGCGCUGUAAACUACACCACCAGCCUGGUGGAGCGCACCAGAGAUCUACGUAACUGGCUACGGCAGGCUAAGACCGAGCACGAGUUGUUAACCGGCGCCGCUGGACCCAUGCAGCAUGGCAGUUUGGGAAUAUCAGCUAAUGGAAUUGGUGUGAACACGGUGAGCUUGCUAAAUACUAGGGAGUGUGGCGGAGUCAGUAGUGGUGUUGGUGUCGGUGCCAUCGCCGGCGCUGGUACAGCAACCACAACUGGUGGAGGCGGCGGCACGGGCACGCAGACAAACCUAUAAUUAGGAUAUAAUGUUUUCUGCUGCUGGCGCAGUCAGGAACCCAGAUCUUAAGUCAUGCUUAGGUAAAUAAAUAGUAACAGGAGUUAAAUGUACUGAAGCAUGCUUGUAGACUUACAACGUUAUGAGUCAAAUAUUAGUAAGAUCACCAAGCAAAGUUCUAAAAUUAACCUCUCAGAACUUAAAAUAGAGAGCCUACGGACAUUCGUCAUAGUGGACUAAUCAGCUACAUUAAAUAACUUUGCUUAUGGUCUUAAUAAUUUUACGCAUGACUCUAGUUGCAUACCUACAUAUGUACACACAUAUGUAAGUACAUACAUAUGUAAAAAAACACAUGGAUGUACUUAGAAAGCCUAGUCAAGAAUUACAACAAACUGUAAGCGCUAAUAGCAUUUUGUAGUAGAUGUGUGUAGGUUAAUUACAGUACUUACUUGCAAACGUACAAGUAUACAUAAUGUUUUAUUGGAUCUCAAAUUAAAACCAAAGAUAAUCGUUGUUGAAACUAAAAGAUUGAAUAUAAUAGUUGUAUUUGUAAUAUUGCUUUUGAAAGAGGAAUAAAUAAAAAAAAACUGUAUUUUGGUGCCAAAAUAGUCGAGGCUGCGGAUAUUGAGAGUAUUUACAGAGGAAAUUUGGAAAUGAUUACAGUCAAAGUUAGUAUUAUUUGAUAGGGCUUGCAUGCAACACUUGAAAAAAAUAUUAGCAAAAUUCAAAAUGAAAACUUAGUUAAGCAGCAGGCAUUUGAAAAUUAUGGGAAAGCUGUUUUGACGCCAUUGGCUAAAUAGUUAAAGGUACCUACAUUCAUAUUGACAAUGUGUGUGAAGACUAAGCUCAUAUUUUAGGUUAUCAAACCUGGAAAAUUAGGUAGUGAAAUUCGACGUGUAAAAAGUAGUCAAUGAUAUAUUGUAAACUACUUAUAUCAUCUCCACUGCUCCACAUAAAGAAGAAUCGGGUUUUCAUCCCCAAGAAAAUUUAAAAAAACUUGACAAAUUUUGAAGGUUAGGCUAGGUGGCAGCCCCGCGCAUGGCUCAUUUAGACAUUUCUUAUGUGGUCCGUUGUGUAACGACUUAAAACAAUUUUCCUGGAGCUAUAAACGCAGGUUGUUUACAUGAAGCUUAGCUUGAAAAGCGCUGGGUGCUUAAAACGAAGCUCCGCUGGCAGCUAAUGUUCAGCACGGGACUGUUGAAGAAAUACGACCCGGAAUGCUUUAAUCUUAGCACUAAUAUGAGAAGCAAAUGCUGAGAUGAUACCACCUCUUCAUUUUCCAAACAGAUACGUCAGCAGGAGUCCGAUACGAUAUUAAAUCGUAUAACUUGGGUUCCUAGUGGAGAGCUGCCGUUUGGUCAGCUGAAUUGGUCCUUUGAUUUACUGUGGUCGACUACCGGCCAUCAGAACUUCGCAACUUUGCAUGUCGCGUUAUAGGAAAAUGCUUGGCGAGUAAACUGAAAACCUAUCUGUUCAAAAGCAGUCCGCAUAUUGACAAAGCAACUCCCACGCCCUCCCUGGCAAAAAAGAACACCUCAGCAGUGUUGCCAUAUUAGGCGUUUUCCGGCUAUAUUUAGCCGGUUGCGAAAGCAAACAGCCGGAGAAAUCUCGAUUUAGCCGGCA